UAGCCCUGCCAGUAUUUACUCGGCAAUAGCCUGUGUGUAGAGCUACAACAACACACCAGUACACUGUACUGUGGCUAACUAGUAUGACAGUUACUUACUUUCAGACUGAACAAUACUAAGCGGAAGCUAGCUGCAGAUCUACUCGCUGCCAACCAGUCUUUGGAUCAUCGACACACCACGGUUUCCAUUCAGAUCUACUCCGCACGUACGUCGCGCCUGGCCUGUCCAAUGCAGGCUAGGCUAUGCCGCAGUAGGCGACGUGUUCGCGAAACAUUUCGUGUCUUCCGUGAUUAUUGCUCGCGACAAGAUGUUGGUGGAUGUCAUUUUAGUGAAAACUUCGGUAGUCGUAGCUGCUUUGAUUCUGGCAGCGUGCUAUCAUUACCGGCAACCGUCUGCUGCAUCACCGAAAGGCUGGGCGGGCGCGGGCGGUGGAGAUGCGGAGACGAUCAGGCACAAGCACAAGCAGCCGCACAUCCUGUUUAUUGUUGCUGACGACUUGGGGUGGAAUGACGUCGGCUUCCACAACAAGGACAUGCGGACGCCAAAUCUCGACGCGCUGGCGCACUCUGGCAUCAUCCUGAACCAAUCCUACGUGCAGCCAUCCUGCUCACCCUCUCGUAGCUGUCUGAUGACCGGACGCUAUACUCACCACACGGGUUUUCAGAAUGUCCUUCAUCACUGCCAGCCAUACGGGCUCAACUCCAGUAUGCUGACCAUAGCGCAGCGUCUUAAGCAGCUUGGGUACUCGACGCACGCCGUCGGAAAGUGGCAUCUGGGAUAUUGCAAUGAGAAGUUCCUGCCGACGUCGCGCGGGUUUGAUUCAUUUUACGGCUACUAUGGUGGUAGUCAAGACUACUACACACACUUCAAUGGCAACGGUGCCAAAGCAGAGGGAUUUAGUGGCUAUGAUUUUCACCAUGACAUUGGAGAUAAACGCAGCAUAGACCGAGCAGCAGAAGGAGUCUACUCGACUGAAGCGUUUGCCAAGGAAACGAUUAGCAUCGUGAAAAAGCACAAUACGUCUACUCCUCUCUACAUUUAUCUCGCGUUCCAGGCAAUACAUGCUCCAUUGCAGGCGCCGCAGCGCUACUGGAAAAUGUUCAAGGACGUGGCCUGGUACAACCGCCGAGCUGUCUCAGCCAUGGCAACUGCAAUGGACGAUGCCGUUGGUAACAUUGUAAAGGCGCUCAAGAAGCGCGGCAUCUGGGACGAUACGCUUGUCGUCUUCACUUCCGACAACGGAGCGCAGGUGCGCUACGGCGGCAGCAACUACCCUCUACGCGGAAACAAGGGAACGGUGUGGGAAGGUGGCACCCGCAGUCCAGGGUUCGUCCAUGGCAAGAUGCUCGGAAAAACCAAACGCACCCACAAUGGGAUAAUGCACGUGACGGACUGGUACCCGACUCUUGUCUCCGCUGCUGGCGGCCAUCUUGGCGAUUCGGAGGUAGACGGCAUUGACCAAUGGUCGGCAUUGCAGAACAACUUGCCAUCGCCGCGCACUGGCUUCCCGUACCGGCUCGACAGGACCAGGCGCGUGUUCGCCAUCCGAGAGGGCAAGUACAAGUUCAUCAGAGGCAAACAUCCUCCUAAACACCAAGCAAAACAUACGCAAAUGAAUCUCUGGUACCCGGCAGCAGUUGAUGAAGCCACAUUUGCGACGUUCUAUCGUGAGCUCCAUUUCUAUGAAAACAUCACGCAUAAGGUUGAGACCGGUCCCUGGCUUUUUGAUCUUGACGCUGAUCCCCUGGAGAUGAGCAACCUGUAUGCCGAGCUGCCAGGAGUGGCUGCAGCGCUGAACAGAAGAGUAGACGAGUACAUGACAGAUUAUGUGGACCCGAUGAGCAUCCACUACAGCCGAGUAGACCCUAAAUGCAACCCAGCGCUACGUAACGGUACGUGGGACGCCGGAUGGUGUUGAGACAGUGCAUGACAAGACAAGACACAACAAUGAUGUCAGUCAGUGGCGUUGGCAGCUGCGAGCAGGGCAGUGCGUCUCGAAAUCAGAUUGCCGCUUCCCAUCCGUCGACGUGUGAGUGAGCGCAUGUGAGAUGUGGCCGGGCUUUGGGGUUGGAGGGAAAGUCCCCUGAUCAUACUGUCCUAUGCUGAUUAUUGCAAGGCACCAGACCAGCCUAUACUACAUGCUGGUAGUGGUGAGGCACUUGCAGUCGGCUGGGAAUGGGUUUUCCAGCAGUCAGAAGCGUCAAAACCGAAAUUUCGACCUGGUCUUCGACUAUUUCUGCGCACAGAUGCCUCAGCCUCAGAAUAUAAUUAUAUACAAGGCACUCCAUGCUUUGUUGGCUGAGACUCGUGUCACAGUUAAGUCCGAACUCAAGCCAGAGUACCGCAAAGCCACUGACCACCCUUGUCCUUCAAGCUUGAGAGCAGUGUAGCAGCUCAGCCGCAUGGCGUGCAACAGCAACCAUGGCGUGCAACAGCAACCGGACUCCUGUGCACUCUACACUACACACUUGCUGUCAUUUUUAAAAUUUGUGUGGAGACAAGAAACUAUUUACAGCAAGCAAUAUUAAUGUUUUAUAGCCACUCUUCUCUCUUCUACCUCUACAAAAACUAUGAUUCAAACACAAAGUCGGGGUUUGUAUGUUUCUAAGCAUGUCCUUUUGUGACAGAGCAAAGUUGGAGUUUGUUGAGUUCUUAAUUCCAUUCCUCUGAGUUUUAACUGUACUCAAAACACAAUUUUUUGAUCACCUUUUAUUCUAAUAUUUAUUGAAGUAGAGUCAUUGGUAGCUACAGUGUUUAUUGAAAUAAACUAUCUUCUAAAUUUUUAAAGCUAUCCAUUUGUAUAACGUACACUUCUCUGCGUGUUUUUUUCUGUGGAUGUGACGUGCUGAUGAAUAUCAAACGCAGAGCGCUUUGAAUCCGUCUGAAUGCUCUAUUUCGCUUUUUCCGAAGCAUGUAUGACAAUAUUUCGAUCGUAAGAUGUACAUGUAGGCUACCUUCUUUUAUCCACUGCUCUGUUCUGAGUGUCUUCAUGUAGCGUUCCAAGCACUCCAGUAUCAGUCUAGAUAGCACUGCUGCCGCACAUGUUAUAGAACAAUAGAACUGAGCUCAUGACAUCGUGUAGACAUCUGGCAUUGGCAGCAGUACCCACCUUUCCACUUCUGUCUCUCGUGAACUCUGCUGCAUGUGAUGGUGGAUUGAUUGCAUGCCAUUUCGGCGCUCUCAAGUUCAGCGCCAACCAGGUGAGCGCGACCGUUUCAGCGCCAUGCACAUACAUUUAAGUGCCGAAUUUUACAGAGCCACAUACUUCAGCGACGUAUACUUCAGCGCCAGCAGAUAA